CUAAUUAUAUUAAAACUCCCACCCCUACCCCGCCGCCGACGCUCCACCCCCACCACACCCCUACCCCGCCGCAGACGCUCCAUCCCCACCACACCCAUCCCCGCUACUGACGCUCCAUCCUUACCACUCCCUGUCCUCCGUCGUCGUCCUUGCUGUUCGCCGCCGCUAAAGGACUAUGUUCCGACGGUGUUUGACAACUUCAGUGCUAAUGUGGUUGUUGAAGAAACCACAAUAAAUUUAGGUCUUUGGGAUACUGCAGGACAAGAAGAUUACAACAGAUUAAGGCCACUGAGCUACCGAGGAGCAAAUGUUUUUUUCCUAGCACUCUCAUUGGUUAGUCGUGCGAGCUAUGAUAACAUACUUAAAAAGUGGAUUCCUGAGCUUCAGCAUUAUGCUCCUGGAAUUCCGGUGGUAUUAGCUGGCACCAAACUUGACGCUCGAGAGGGGUCAGGAAGUACCUCAAGAUGAAGUCUUCAAGAUUACUCACACGAGGAAGGCGAAGAACGCCGAUGGUACAGACCAAUGGAUUGAGCCUAGGGCUUAGCAAACCUAUACUGAGUUUCAACAAUACAAGUUGGAAUAUUGUGCCAGUCAGCCAGUCGGGACGUCGAUGACCAAUGAGAUAAUUGAUCAGCAGUGGAUGGAGAAGGUAGCUCCCCCGACAAGGUAUGGGACAGUUUAUAGGAUGCCUAAUCGAGCAUGUUGUCAAUUUUCGUCGUUCCUUCAAGGCGUAGGUUACUUCUGAAGAGGCAGUGGAUCCUAAGGAGUACCAAGAAAUGAAGCAAAACGUUACUCAACUAACAUGUACAUUUAGUGCCACAGAGGCAAGGAUGUUGCAUAUGCAGGCCCAAAUAGACAGCUCACUCAAUUCGGGCCCCUCUCAUAUUCCACUGUGUCCCGGGGAUGCUCGUAGGUCACAGCUGUUACACCUCGAAAAAAUUUCAUGUCAUCAUAUGAUAGAUAGACUAAUGCAAGGUGAGACGAAUACGGUGUUUCUAUAAGUAAUAAAGGUUAUUUAACGGUCCUAGUUAAGAUUUCAAAGAUGUUGGAAGUAAGAGGAGAAAGUUCAUUAAGGAGGGCAAAGUAUAUGUUGUGCUUUGGACAAAUUCCGUAGAGUACCGAGCUAAUGUUGACUUAAUGAUGUCUUAAGGAAGAGUUGUAACUCUCCUUAUAUUGGUAAUAAAGUGUUAAACAAGUGUCAAGAAGGUUCCAUAAGCAUUGGAGAUCGAACGAAACGACGGAAACCAUUUCAGGGAAGUGGAGUUAUACGACCAUUUAUACGGUCCGUAUAAGGGGUCCGUAUAACCCUCAGCGGGAAGGUGAUUUCCCUGAUGGUGAACCAAGACCACUUAUACGGACCGUACAAUGUUAUACAGAUAUACGGUCCGUAUAACACCUGACGGGCUGAGUUAUUCUCAAGUGUAUAAAUGUGAUCCAACUUCAUUAUUUCAUUUUAACACUUCUCCACUUCUCUCCAAGUCUCUAGAACAUUCCAUACAUUUCGUAUACAAGAAUCCAAAGGAGAUCCGAGGCUCAUAUCAUUAAUCUAAGGCAAUCAAGUAUAAGGAAGCUCUUAGGGGUUGCUAGAGUCAAGAAAACUUUAUGGAUUGAAAUUAGGGUUUUUCUUCAAGUGAAGUAUUUCCAUCCAAGGGUUAUUCCUACUUAAUCAAAGAUUGUUCAAGCUUCAACGGUGAACGUUAGAUGGUUGAGAAGGCAAAGAGGUGGUCAGGGAGACAGCCUCGAUCCAUAGCUUUCUUAUUCAGGGACUACUUAGGGGAGCUCCAUUUCGUCCGGAGCCACAACUUUUGGUAUUAUUAUUUUGUGUACAUACAUGGGCACGGCGGGGUCCUGUUCCGCCUAUAUGAUGUUACCUACUCUUCUUAGAUGCUCGUAGACAGUUUUAUAUGGUUAGAUAUUUUGAAGCCUUGUCGGCUCAUAUUAUGUAUAUCAUUUUGGUGGCCUCAUCGGCUUAUGUAUAUUGAUGUGGGCAUAGUUGUCAAUGAUGGUAUAAAUGUGUU